UCCUUUUAUCAUUCCAUUUCAAUUAUUACAAGAUAUUCUAGGCAGGCCCGCAGCCUCAACAGUUGAUAUGAAUGAUAAAUACCAACUAUCCCUGCGUUUCUGAAACACAUUCGAAAGAAGCCCGAGACUAAAUUGUGCUAAAAAUUCUAAUGGUGGAGCGAGAGCACGGUAACAAUAUGAAUAUGCUGAUAUUCAGGUCCCUUCUAAUAGCUUUGCUGCUAGUUUUCUCUAGCAGACACACCAUAGCAGAAAAGAAAACCCCUCACUCUAAAACCACAUACAUAGUUCACAUGGACAAGCUCAACAUGCCAGCAAAUUUCAACGACCAUCUGCUGUGGUAUGAUUCAUCUCUAAAUUCAGUAUCAGACUCCGCAGAGAUGCUCUACACAUACAAUCAUGUAGCUCAUGGCUUCUCCACAAGGCUAACUACCCAAGAAGCUGAGUUACUGUCAAAACAACUGGGAGUUCUCUCUGUCACCCCAGAAGUUAGAUAUGAUCUUCACACAACUCGAUCACCAGAGUUUCUGGGGUUGGAAAGAACCACCACUCUUUCACUACCCUAUGGAAAGCAGAGCGAGGUGGUUGUUGGAGUACUAGACACUGGUGUGUGGCCUGAACUAAAAAGCUUUGAUGACACAGGACUUGGGCCAGUACCGAGUAGCUGGAAAGGUGAGUGUGAGAGAGGUAAGAACUUCAACCCAUCAAACUGUAACAAGAAGCUUGUUGGUGCAAGGUUUUUCUCCAAGGGCUACGAGGCGGCGUUUGGACCGAUUGAUGAAAAGACAGAAUCAAAGUCACCAAGGGAUGAUGAUGGCCAUGGAAGUCACACCUCAACUACAGCCGCAGGUUCUGCAGUUCCAGGAGCCAGCCUCUUUGGUUUCGCUAAUGGGACAGCAAGAGGUAUGGCCACACAAGCCAGAGUUGCUACUUACAAAGUGUGUUGGCUUGGAGGGUGCUUCACAUCAGACAUAGCUGCUGGCAUUGACAAGGCCAUUGGAGAUGGUGUCAACAUUCUUUCCAUGUCUAUUGGUGGAGGUUUGACGGAUUACUACAAAGACACUAUUGCAAUUGGAACUUUUGCAGCCACAGCCCAUGGAAUACUGGUUUCCAAUUCAGCAGGAAAUGGUGGGCCUAGUCAAGCAUCUUUGUCUAAUGUGGCGCCAUGGCUUACCACAGUGGGUGCUGGAACCAUAGACCGUGACUUCCCUUCCUAUAUCACCCUUGGAAAUGGGAAGAUAUACACUGGGGUGUCCCUUUACCACGGCAAAUUGCCACCUAAUUCUCCACUACCAAUUGUUUAUGCUGGCAAUGCAAGCGAUGAAUCCGAGGGAAAUCUUUGCAGCAAAGGUAGUUUGAUUCCUGAAAAAGUAGCAGGAAAAAUUGUUAUAUGUGAUCGAGGAGGGACUGCUAGAGUGGAAAAGGGUUUGGUGGUGAAGAGUGCUGGAGGCAUUGGGAUGAUACUAGCAAACAAUGACGACUAUGGAGAAGAGCUAGUUGCUGACUCUUAUCUCCUCCCAGCUUUAGCAUUGGGUCAGAAAUUCAGCAAUGAGUUAAAGAAGUAUGUUUUCUCAGCUCCUAAUCCGACAGCUAAAAUUGCAUUUGGUGGCACCAAGUUAGGGGUUGAACCAUCCCCAGUGGUGGCAGCUUUCAGCUCAAGAGGGCCAAAUUUGCUCACUCCGAAAGUACUCAAACCAGACCUGAUAGCUCCGGGAGUCAACAUCCUAGCUGGGUGGACUGGUGCAAUUGGACCAACUGGCUUGACUGAAGAUACCAGGCAUGUGGAAUUCAACAUAAUCUCAGGCACAUCCAUGUCCUGUCCCCAUGUCAGUGGGUUAGCUUCCCUUCUUAAGGGCACUCACCCUGAAUGGAGCCCUGCAGCUAUAAGGUCUGCCCUCAUGACCACAUCCUACAGAACCUACAAAAAUGGGCAAACCAUAAGAGAUGUUGCCACUGGCCUGCCGGCUACACCGUUUGAUUAUGGGGCUGGACAUGUGGAUCCAGUAGCUGCUUUUGAUCCUGGCCUUGUGUAUGAUGCUACCGUGGAUGACUACUUGAGCUUCUUCUGUGCCUUGAACUAUACUUCCAAUCAAAUAAAGCUUGUAGCAAAAAGAGAUUUUACCUGCAGCAAAAGGAAGAAGUACAGAGUGGAGGAUCUCAACUACCCAUCUUUUGCUGUUCCUUUUGACACGGCUUAUGGAGUGAAGGGUGGUUCUCACAAACGAUUGAACCCAAACACUCUACAGUAUACAAGGACUUUAACAAAUGUGGGCGCCCCUGCAACAUAUAAAGUUUCAGUGUCGCAGUCCCCCACAGUGAAUAUUGUGGUGCAACCACAAACACUUAGUUUCAGGGAACUAAAUGAGAGGAAGAACUACACAGUGACGUUCACGUCUUCUUCAAAGCCUUCUGGAACAGCCAGCUUUGCUUAUCUGGAAUGGUCAGAUGGGAAACAUAAGGUCACUAGUCCCAUUGCUUUUAGCUGGACUUGACUCACUACUAUAUUCAAAGGCCCUGACUCUGAAUUACCUGUUGCAAACAUGAAUAAUUGCAUCUCUUUGCUCUGCCUUUGGUCCACAAAGAGGCCUGAUGUUAAGUUGUGUCUCUUUGCUGUUGUCCUUUGAAAAUUAGUAAAGAAUGAUUGUACAGAAAAGAAACAGUCUAAUGGUGCCUCUGAAUAAUGGCAUUGAAUGGUAAUUCAUAUUUAACCAGCUUUGUGCUUCUUGUCUUACGUGACAGAUUCAUAUAUCAAGUGAUUGGUCCACUGCGGGAAUCCGAAUGGCA